GCUGCGGGAUAAGGGCAGCAGUAACGCCACGUUUGUGCGAACAGCUGGACGCGAUGGCCGCGUGGGCCGAGCGGCUGACGGGCGUGCGGGGGGUGCUGCUUGACAUCUCCGGCGUGCUAUAUGACAGCGGCGUAGGCGGCGGAGCCGCUAUUGCAGGCUCUGUGGAGGCGGUGGCGAGACUGAAACGGUCCCCGCUGAAAGUGAGAUUCUGUACCAAUGAGUCUCAGAAAUCCCGGAGAGAGCUGGUGGGGCUGCUUCAACGACUGGGGUUUGACAUCUCAGAAGGAGAGGUGACUGCCCCUGCGCCAGCCGCCUGCCAGAUCCUGAAAGAGCGAGGCCUGCGACCACACCUGCUCAUUCAUGAAGGAGUCCGCUCAGAAUUUGAUGACAUUGAUAUGUCCAACCCAAACUGUGUGGUGAUUGCGGAUGCCGGGGAAGCCUUUUCCUAUCAGAACAUGAACAGAGCCUUCCAAGUGCUGAUGGAGCUGGAAAACCCCGUGCUUAUAUCCCUGGGAAAAGGACGCUAUUACAAGGAGACUUCUGGCCUGAUGCUGGAUGUCGGAGGCUACAUGAAGGCGCUCGAGUAUGCCUGUGGUAUCAAGGCUGAAGUGGUGGGGAAACCCUCCCCUGAGUUCUUCAAGUCUGCCCUGCAAGCCAUAGGGGUGGAAGCCCACCAGGCCAUCAUGAUUGGCGAUGACAUCGUGGGUGACGUUGGCGGGGCCCAGCAGUGCGGGAUGCGAGCUCUGCAGGUGCGGACCGGGAAGUUCAGGCCCGGCGAUGAGCAUCACCCGGAAGUGAGGGCAGAUGGGUACGUGGACAACCUCGCGGAGGCUGUGGACCUGCUGCUGAAGCACAUGGACAAGUGACCGGCCUUCAGAGACAGUGGACAAGGGCACCCCUGCUCCCAUACGUCCUUGCGUCCUCUUCCCACAUACUUCCAGGCCCCAGGCUACCCAAGACUGGGCAGAUGCUGGAACUUCUAGGGUGCUUGUCCCUGGGCCAGAGCCAUCCCUCCCCCUCCUCCCCCACCCUCUACCGACUCCCUGUCAACAUUCCUCCCUCCCUAGCACUGGGGCAGAGGUUUGUUCCCCUCCCUGGCCCAUGCCAUGUUUCCCAUAGUGACAUUGAGAGGGUGGAAGAGAUCUGUCAGGCCUCCAGAAAAUGAGGCCCUCUGGCUGGCAGGUCCCUCUGAGACGGGCCCUGGACUCCCUUAGUCCCCUUUGGCACCUGGCCCUUUAAUUGACCAUCCAGUUGGAUGAGACACGUUGCCUCCUCAUUGAACUCUGAUGUGAGGAGCCUACGGAAAACCCAGAGCUGAGCCAGCCUGCCCACCACCCACAGCCCUAUCUGGCCCCAGUCAGAGCAGCUAAGCAGCACUCUGCCCGCUACCCCUGUCCUAGGAAGCAAUGCCAGCCACUGUUCUUCCUGUCCCCAUGAGUUACCCAGACACAGGCUGGGGGCAACUCUCAGGAAACUGAAGACUGCCAUCCCACAGAGCCGGUGUCCACCUCUACAGUCAAGGCUGCAGGCACAGAAAGCACCUUUGGGUUGGGAUAGACAGAUGUUGAAUGUGCUGUUUCCAGUGCACAGAACAAGCUGAUGGCACAAUAAACUUGGCCUCAACAGCCCCCCAC